AUGAAACAUGAUCUUCCCGAAACAGUGGCCAUUCUGCAGCAGUCUAUUUACGUGGACGACCUGCUGUGUGGAGCAGAAAAUGAAGAGGAAGCCACGAAGAUCUACGAAGAGGCUAAUUUCAUCUUUGAAAAGGCGUCCAUGCGCCUCCACAACACAAGGGAUAAAUCCUUCGGAUUCUAUGUGCUUCCUAAAGAGCGAAAGCUUCGAGAGACAUGGAUCCAACGGAUUAACAGGGCCGGACAGAGCGGCAGGUUCUCGAAGUUUACUCCAACCACAGGACACAGAGUUUGCAGUGCCCACUUCGAAGGAGGCAAAAAGACUUAUAUGAACCGUGUGCCCACAAUAUUCCCUUUGAGACAGCAAAAGGUGGAGAAGAGGCGACCGUUGAGAAGAACAAAGGCUCUUGUAAAAGAUGAGAAAAAGCUGCGCUAUUACACCGGUUUCACAUCCAGCGAGCGCUUAGACAAUUUUUGGUCCCUUCUAGAACCAGAUGCCAAAAGGCUACGGUUCUGGCAGAUGAAGGAAACAGAAAGUGAGUACAGAAACUUCAUCCCACCUUUGAAGACCCAGCUCAUGCUGGUCCUGAUGAGACUGCGGCUUGGUCUUGACGGCCUUGGCCUAGCAUACAGGUUUGGUGUCUCUAAAACAACAGUUUCAAGGAUCUGGGCAACAUGGCUGGAUUUUUUGGACAACAGGCUUUGUCAGGUCCCAACUUGGAUGCCGCCGCAACUGUGUGACAAGUACAGGCCAAAAGGCUUCAUUGAUAAGGGCUAUACUACUGUUGAUGGCAUUCUUGGUUGUACAGAAAUUUUCAUUGAAACCCCUUCGUCAUUCCGGGCGCAGAGUGAGACAUAUUCCUCUUACCAAAACCACAAUACCGCGAAAGGAUUAGUUGUGUGCAGCCCAAAUGGCUUUGUCAUGUUUGUGUCUGACCUUGCUCCCGGAAGACUGUCCGACAAGGCCCUGACAAAGGCUUGCGGCGUACUGGAAAAAUUCUCGCCAGGGCGAAGUGUGAUGGCCGACAGGGGAUUUACUAUUGAAGAAGAGUGCAAGCAGCAUUCACUGCGCUUGAAGAUUCCGCCGUUCCUGGGAGGACGGCCUCAACUGCCCGAAGCGGAUGAGACUGACACAAGACUCAUUGCAAGUGUGCGAAUACACGUGGAGAGGGUCAUCCGGAAGAUCAAGACUUACAAAAUACUGUCCCACGUGUUCCUAAACAGCAUGUCAGGACAACUUAACAAAGUGUGGCACAUUUGUGCACUCUUGACCAACUUUGUGGGUGAACCAUUGUUGAGAGAAGAAUGA